UUGCACUCACACAACGUGUUUCCAGACCUGAUAUGGCCAACAUGAAGCAAGAGGAGUUGGAAAUCAGUCCGAAAACACAGGCCCGAUAUUGCUCUGUAGCCUGGAAGUACUACAUCAAGAAUGAGAGCAAUGCCACUGUUCACUGCAGGUUGUGUAAGACGGACUUUAAGUUCUCUUCGAAUACAGCCAACAUGAUAAAACACCUGAGAGUGAAACAUCGACUCAACAUCCCCACUGUAGCCAACGGCGGAGAGAGACUGUGCACGGAAGAGCCCAACGAAGACAGAAUGGACAUGGAUCUCCCACCUCAAAGGCAUCCUGGAAGUCACAACGGUCAAAUUCUUCGUCGGAGAAUGCACCGUUUUUUACCAUUUUCUGAUCGCCGCACAUCAAAAGUGUGGAACCACUACACACAGUUAAGUCUGUAUCGUGUUGAGUGCAACCACUGUAAAAGGCAGCUUUCCUUUCACAACAGCACUACUUCCAUGAGAGAACACUUGGGACGCAAACACAGCAUUCGGGAAGGAGCCGUUCCCCCUCACAACACAGCAGGCAUCCCCACUCCUGCAGCAUUGCAUUCUCACAUUCAGACCUCUUUACAUGGUAACAGAUGUAACACCACAGGCAAUGCUCCAUUUCAACAAGUGCUACCUGUUACUGUCAAGGAGGAGCAAGAAGAAAUACUGGCAGCUGAUAUGGUGGAGACCAAACCUGCCCGGACAACAUAUGCCCCUGAUUGUGCAGCAGGAAGUGGUGCUUCCAGUUCAAACGCCAUUGUACACCAAGAAACAGAUUUGGGCUGCCUAAUGUAUAAUUUUCCUGCAGGGGAGAUGAGCGGCACUGCUGGAGGCAGCAGCAACCGCAGUGGCACAAGGGCCUGCAGCAACAAGCGAGCAGAGGUAUUGACCGAUCUUAUCUUGGAAAUGGUCUUCAGAGACCUUCAGCCGUUGUCUGUGGUGGAAGAAAGAGGGUUCAAGCUCUUACUGAGUUGCCUAGAGCCUAACUACCCUGUGCCUUCUCCAUCUCUGCUUGGAAGUCUACUUUGGCAUCGCUACCACAACCUCAAGCAAUGCCUUCAGCAGCAUCUACAGGCAAGUCUAGCUUCUCACUGUCUGACCCUCUGCACUGAAUACUGGCGAUCCGUAGAUGGGUGUGGGGUUGAUGGGGAUGGUCAGUACUACCUUACAGUCAGUGCUCAUUUUGUCGACUCUCACUGGCGCCUGGCUCGUUGUGUGCUCGAGACCCGACCGGUAGCAGAAUUUAAAGGAAACCCUUCUGAGAAAGGGCAAGCGAGCUUUGCGGACACCUUGAGAGCAGUCCUCUCUGAGUUCCAGCUUCCAGAAAACUUUGUUUUCUGUGUCGUGCAUGACACCCCCAGUGGAUCUGAGUCCAGAGGGCAGGACAAUAUGGCCAUUGAUCAGGAAUAUCAGCAAGAAUUUGCUGGACCCAGCCAUCCUCCUCCGGGCAAUCUUCCAGAGGGAUGGGCACCACUGCUUUGUGCAGGACAAGCCCUGAAACUCUGUGUCCAGGAAGGACUUUGUGUGGAGACUGUCAGACAAGCUCUGACAGAUGCUCGUGCCAUCGUCCUACAUUUCCAGCACGAUGUGAAUGCUUCUACAGCACUGAGUCAGAAAGCAGAGGCUGUUAAUAAACAGUCUGCAUGCCUGGUUUUGAAUGAUCCAGAGCGCUGGACCACUGCCAUUGAGAUGUGCGAAAGUCUGCUGGAGCUGAAAUGGGUAAUAAGCUCUGUCCUAGAGGAGCAAAAAGUAGCAACAAAUCUGGCAGAUCACCAGUGGCGUCUUGUACAUGAACUGGUUCCCGUGCUCAAAACAGUUCGCAUUGCAGCAUCGUUUUUGAGUGAGGACAUCAAUGGACCCAUUUCAGCCCUAAUGCCGUGCCUGCAAGGAGUGUCUCGGCUCCUGGGAAAGAAAAUUGCAGAGUGCACCUGUCCAGUGGUUAGGGGAGUUAUGGAGAGAAUUCGUGCUGGUAUGGACAAACGUUGGAGUCUGAGUGAUGAAGAUGCUCUUUUGGACUGCCCUGCUGUAUUGUCCUCAUUUCUGGACCCGCGUUUUAAAGAGUUGCGGUUUCUUAGCCCACAUGCUCGCAGCAAGUUGCAUGACAAAGUGAAAGAGCUGCUAUCUGUUCAGGCUUUCACAAGUAACGAAGGAAUGAAUGGAGAGAGGAGACAAAGCAUGGAAAUGGAAGAGCCUGUGGAUGAACAUGGAGAACCUGCAGAUUUUGGAUUGGAUGAUCCUUUGCCAAUUCCUGCAAUGGCUUCUUUAGAUUCUCCAGAAUCAGUUGGAUCGGCAGAGGAAGGUGACAGCGUUGAGCUACAGCCGAGUGAGCCCUCUGUUGCUGUAUCAUCUCCAGAACAGGUCAAUGAAAACACGCUUGAGGUUGGAUCACCUUUCAAGAAUGCCAGUGACCGUAAAAGACGUUCUAGCGGGACCAGUAUGACCUCGCCACUGAGAGGGGAUUUACAUCUCACGCCUCGUAUACGGAUGAGUCCUCUUCCGCAGAGUAUGUACGAUAUUCUUCUGGGCGAGGAUCCUACUGAGCGAAUGCCAGAGAUUCACCAGCAGUUGGAGAAUUACAUAGCAGAGCCACUUUGCCGACGAAGUCUCUCACCCCUGCAAUGGUGGCGCAACAAGGAGCAUCGCUUUCCUGCUGUGGCCAGACUGGCACGGAAAUACUUGUCCAUACCUGCAACUUCUGUGUCUGCCAAUCGGGCCUUUGCCCCUAGGGAGUCCCCAGUGACCCAAAGAAGGGCCACACUGGGGUCUAAACACCUUGACCACAUUUUGUUUCUUCAUCAGAACACUGACUAUGUGGAUCUGCUGAAAGGUGGCACCUCUGCACGCGAAAAUGAGCAAUGGAACAGUGUCAGUGGAAACCAAAGCAGAGAAAGUCUUUACCAGACUCUAGUGUCCUAUGAAAGUAAGGUUCGCGUGCCUGAGGAGGAGUCAUGAUCCCUGUUUAUGUACAUAUGUACAAAGUCACAUUGAAGGGAUAGUCACCCAAAAAUAUAAAUGCUGUCAUCAUUUACCCCCAAUUUACUCACCCUUACUAAAAAAUACAAUGGAAGUCAAUGGGGACCACAACUGUUUUGUUAAAGGAAUAGUUCACCCCAAAAUGAAAAUUUUGUCAUUAAUUACUUACCUUAAUGUCAUUCCAAACCUUUAAGACAUCUGUUCAUCUUUGGAAUACUAAUUAAGAUAUUCUUUAUGAAUUCUGAGAGCUCUCUGACCCUCCUGUAGACAGCAAUGUAAUUAACACGAUCAAUGUCCAGAAAUCUUGCAAGGACAUCUGUAAAAUAAUCCAUAUGACAUCAGGGGUUCAACCAUAAUUUUACUUUUUGUAUGCAAAGAAAACAUAAAUAACGACUUAAUUCAACAAUGUUGUUGGAGAGUAUCCACUGAAUGUAAACAGUGUAUUCUGUUCUGUCAGCUGUUGUUUACGCUUUGAUUUGAACAAAAACAAUGUAUCCGCAUGGCGUAGUUGACACAGAACAGCAUAUGCUGUUUACGUUCAGUUUUUGUUUUCUUUGCAUACAAAAAGUCAUCUCGUAGCUUCAUAAAAUUAUGAUUGAACUUGAUGUUACAUGGAUUAUUUUACUGAUUUCCUUGCUUUAAGUGGUUUGGCAUGGAGUGAGUAAUGACAGAAUUUUUUGGGUAACCUAUCCCUUUAACCACAUUCUUCAAAAUAUAUUAUUUUGUUCAACAGAAGAAAGAAAUUCAUACAGGUUUGAAAUACCUGGUUAUUUUAGACACAAGGGUUACGAUUAAUUCAGUUAUACUACUAUGUAAAUAGGUUAUGAAAUAGCACAUUCCUUUUACAAGGAAUUUGUGACACUCAUUUAAUAUAGUCUUUGGUCUCUAAGAGGUCUGAGGAUUCGUUUAGUCAUUGUCUUGUGACUUAUGUAGAUGUUUUACUAAAUGUUGCCUAAAUCUGUUUUACUACAUUUUUAACUCGUCUCUAAAGCAUUACUCAAUUACGCAAUAUGAACAACCAUGCUGCUGUUCUGAAUGUCAGCGCGGCUGUGAUUUGGUCAAAGAAAAUCACUGCUGUACAGAUAUCAGGCCAACUUUGAUCUUAUGGAACACUUCAAAUCAAAUUUGGUCAAUCAGUUUCCAGGCCAGAAAGUAACAGUUGUAUUAUUGAUUCAUUCAGCAUAUACUGUUAGUGUUACAAUAUUAUUGUUACUUUACAGUGUUGUAGGCAUUACAUGGAAUGCACUGUUAACCUCAUGCAUGCAUUUCAACGUUACCACUUCCUCCUUUAUACUUAUGGGGGAUAUUAUGUACAUCCAAAUGAGGUGUUAGUUAUCUUUUUCAAACUUGCAACAGUAAAAAUGUACAAUGUAUUCUAUCGGUAGCAUGUUCAGAUUAAAGUGUCCUAUGAAAUA